AUGGCAACCUCCCACCCAACCGAGCAUCGACAUAUGCGCAGCGGUAGCCUCAACAUCCCACCCCAGGCCACCCGCUCGAGCGGCGCGAUGGGUGCGAUGCCCGCCGCGCGGUUUGAAGGGCCACGCAGCCCACCAAAUACCUCUCACGUGCCCUGCAAAUUCUUUCGACAAGGCGCUUGCCAGGCGGGCAAUGCGUGCCCUUUUAGCCACGACCUCGGGAGCGCCGCCGAGACGGUGUGCAAGUAUUUUGCAAAGGGCAACUGCAAGUUUGGCCCGAAAUGCGCCAAUAUCCACGUACUGCCCGACGGCCGCCGUAUCAACUACGGCAAGAAUGGCGUGACGAUAGGGGCGCCUCCGGGAGUUCCUCUCGGCGCUCGCGUGAAUCCGACAACAUACCAUCAGCCGUCCAACAGCGCGCUGACCAACUCGUUCUUGCGUGCCGACCAGUUGCCACCCUACACAACCUCAGGUCCCUACGGCGUGCAGGAUGACGCCUAUGGCCACCAGUUGAUGGAGAAUGGCCUCCCUAUUAUCGAUACCACCUACAGCUCUAACCCGGCUUCUGCUUACGGCUCACCGCGGGACGAGGACACAAGCCGUCUAGGGCUUGGUCUCUCGCCUGCGAACGCCAAGGGCCUCUCGGUCCUCGACGCUCCGCUGCCGGCGUCCUUUGACAGCAAUGGCAUAUCGCUGGCUGCCCGAUAUGGGCCAUGGCCCGCCUCCGUCCCCUCGAAAUUUGGCCUUGAAUCCCCUUCGCCGUCGCUCCACUCGGCCAGGGACGCUCGCACCUCCGAAACACUGAAGCUCUUGCACACCUCCGCUUUUGGUAGCAACGAGCAUCUGCCGCCCUCUGCUGUUGGCACAAACGACGCAAACGGCUUCGGAAGCAGCCCGCCCGUGGGCUCCGCCACCCUUGGUUCGGUGCUAGGGAGCGACGAAUAUUUCGGGAAACGACUCAUGCACAGUAGCGCAAUGCGGUACACCAAACCGCGCUUGAUCAGCAGCAGCGUCCCGAAGAUCGAUCGCGACUGGGAGGCGGAAUUCAUGUUCGAAGAAGACUAUGUGCCGGGGGCCCUGGCAAACGAGGUGCUCACUCCAGCCGAGAAAGCGCGGAGGGGUUCGACGACCAACACAGUGCGGAUGACCGACACCAUGGAAUCGGGUCCCGAGUCCCUGCCGAUUGGAGCGACGAAAUUUGGCAGCCCCCUGGGAGCGAGCCCGAGUCGCUGGGGACCCCUGUUCCAGCGCCAAAAAGAAGAAGAUUUUGACGCUGGCGGUUCUGCUCGCUCCAUGAAGCAUGUUUCUGCGUUUGGCCACGUGGGAAGUCCGCUAAGAAACUCGAGCCUUGCAUCUGCUCUCACGGCCGAGCUCAACCGAGAACCAGGAAAAGAUGGUGGGGGCGAAUCAGUCUCCGCCUUGACCCGGCAGCUUCGAGAGACGCAGCUGACCGAAGGCGGAUCUGGCAAUUCCAGCCCCCAUUUACACCCGGCCGGACUACGGAACCAAAAAUCGGGCGGUUCUGGCGCGGCUGGUGCGGGCGUGAUAGGGAAAGAGCGGGAGCGGGAGCGAGCCGUGGAGCGACACAUCAGUAGCGGUUCCAUUAGCUCAGCCGUGACCGGGCGGUUCACCACUCCCAUUGACGAGGAGGAUUCGUCGUUUGUCUUUAGGAUGGAGGAAGAAGACGACCCCCAAACGCGCGCCAGGAAGCGUGUGUCGGGAGGCAACCUCGGAGCCACGAGCCCUCUGAGCGCCGCCUGGAGCUACGCCAACGUUGUCGCCACCAACAGGGCCGCCACGGGGGCCCCGAAUGGCAGCAAAGGCGGGGCAGGGAAUAACUCUGAAACGGUCGUAGGGAGAUGA